UUCAUUUUCUAUUUCUUGAGUAAUCAAAAUCAUAUUUUGCCAUCCACGAAAAUGAGUUCCAAGAAAACAAAAGGAAAGCAAAAGAUUCACAUACAAAAAAUUGAAAGAGACAAAGAUAGAUUGGUCACUUUGUCGAAGCGUAGAAAUGGCAUCUACACAAAGCUAUGUGAGCUCUCCGUUCUUUGCGGCGCCCAAGUUGCAUUUCUUGGUUACAGCGGCUCUGGAAAACCAUAUACAUUUGGUAGUCCAUCCUUCCAAGCUGUUGUGGAGCGGUUUCUCAACGGCCAAGCCUCCUCAUCAUCGUCUUCUUUGCAACAAUCGCUCUUUGAUGCUCAUUACGAAGAGAAUGUUCAAGAGCUUUGCAGAUUGUACAACAACAUGGUGGAGCAAACACGUGUUGAGGAAGCAAAGACAAUAACAGCAGCUACGUCUGUGGAGCCAUUGCCAAAAGAUGCAUGGUGGAAAGUGGAUCUGACGGAAGUGGAGGAUCAAGAAAAGAAGAAACAAUGGUUGGAAAAGUUUGAAAGGCUCUACGAGAAUAUGUGUGAUGAACUUGAUGCAAAGAGGCAACAAAUAGAUGAUGCGGAAAAUGAAAAAUGAUCUAUUCUUUGUCAAUAUAUGAUUUGCUAUGUUGUUGUUUUGUCUUUUUUUUUUUAGUUGUAUGAAUUAUUAAUGUGUUCUAAAAUAUCCAAUCUAAUGGAAAAAAAUACUAAAAAUAAAAAUUUAGUAAAAAAAACCCAGGAUUCUACUAUCUCAUUCAAAAUCAAAAUACAAA